ACCAGAGGUGGCCUACAAUGAAGACCCUUUUCGGCAGCGUGAUCUACGGCCUCUCGGUCUGGCUGGUGUUGGUUUGUGGAACUUACGUUGACCCUGCACAAGUAGCCGCGCAAAGUUACGCACAACGGAGGACUGGUGGCAGACCGCAGCCGUUCUCACCACAGAGGACUCUAAACCCUGCAGCCACCGACAACCACUGCAGGAGCCGCCCCCUGGACCUGGUCUUCAUCAUCGACAGCUCACGCAGCGUCCGGCCCCAGGAGUUCGAAAAGGUGAAGAUCUUCUUGGCGGACAUGGUGGACACUCUGGACGUGGGCGCUGACGCCACACGCGUUGCCGUGGUGAACUACGCCAGCACGGUGAAGAUCGAGUUCCUGCUGAAGGAUUACCCGGACAAGCUGAGCAUGAAGCAGGCCAUCGCCCGCAUCGACCCCCUGGCCGCCGGCACCAUGACGGGCCUCGCCAUCCGCACGGCCAUGGAGGACUGCUUCACCGUGCAGUCGGGGGCACGCCCUUCUAACAUGGGCAUCUCCAAGGUGGCCAUCAUCGUCACGGACGGGCGCCCACAAGACCAGGUGGAGGAGGUGUCGGCGGCGGCGCGUGGCUCGGGCAUCGAGAUCUACGCGGUGGGGGUGGACCGCGCCGACAUGCAGUCGCUCAGGCUCAUGGCCAGCCAGCCGCUGGACGACCACGUCUUCUACGUCGAGUCGUUUGGCGUCAUCGAGAAGCUCACGUCUAAGUUCCGGGAGACCCUCUGUGGUCUGGACCCCUGUGCCAUGGGAAACGACUGCCAGCAUAUAUGUGUCAACAACGCCAACUCCUUUUACUGCCAGUGUCGGGAGGGCUAUGUCUUGAACCCGGACAAGAAAACAUGUUCCUUGAAAAAGGUGAAGGUGGAGGUGAUUGAAGACCCCUGCAAGUGUGAGGCUCGACUGGCAUUCCAGAAGCUUACCCAGAAGUCCCUGCAGGAUCUCACAGCUCGACUGGCUGAAGCCACCAGGAGGGUCCAGCAGCUGGAGAUCGCCGUCGGCCACGUCUAGACAGCAGAGACCCGAGUUUGUUUGGUCUGCUGAAGAGUCAACAAAGCGCCCAGUUCGGGAUCACUGGCACCCCGGCAUCCAGUAUUUACCUCCCGGACCUACCUUCCUGCACCCCUGCUG